CUCCAAAUUACAGUUUCACGCAUGAAGCAACCUCGGCUCCAGAAGUCUCCUACUACGACUACAUCAUCGUCGGAGGCGGCACCGCCGGCUGCCCCUUGGCAGCCACUCUCUCCCAAAACUACACCGUCUUACUCCUAGAACGAGGCGGUUCGCCCUACGGCAACCCUAACAUCACCGACUUAGCAGCUUUCGGAGCAGCACUCUCCGACCUCUCUCCCAAAUCCCCUUCUCAACGCUUCAUCUCCGAAGACGGAGUCAUCAACGCACGCGCGCGUGUACUCGGCGGGGGAAGCUGCAUAAACGCCGGCUUCUACUCGCGGGCUGCCACCGACUAUGUGAGCAAAGCCGGGUGGGACGGCCAGCUGGUGAACGAGUCGUACCGGUGGGUCGAAAACAAGGUGGCGUUCUUGCCGCCAGUUCGACAGUGGCAAUCGGCGGUGAGGGAUGGGUUGCUGGAAGCUGGGGUGGUGCCGAACAAUGGGUUCACUUAUGAUCAUAUUAAUGGGACUAAGGUUGGUGGUACCAUUUUUGAUCGGGAUGGGCAUCGACAUACGGCUGCUGACUUGCUUGAGUAUGCAAACCCUAGUGGGAUUACAGUUCUUCUUCAUGCUUCUGUUCAUAAGAUCUUGUUCAGAAUCAAAGGCAAAUCAAGGCCAUUAGCCCAUGGAGUCACCUUCAGAGAUGCAUUAGGAAUGAAGCACAGAGCAUACUUGAAGAUCGGAUCCAAGAAUGAGAUCAUUGUAUCUUCUGGUGCACUUGCAAGCCCACAACUUUUGAUGUUGAGUGGUGUUGGCCCAUCACAACACCUAAAGGCCCACAAUAUCACAGUGGUGCUGGACCAGCCCUUGGUUGGUCAAGGCAUGUCGGACAACUCCAUGAAUGCCAUCUUUGUUCCUUCUCCGGUUCCAGUCGAGGUCUCUCUCAUUCAAGUUGUCGGUAUCACUAGCUUCGGAAGCUACAUCGAGGCUUCCAGUGGAGCAAACUUCGCCGGAACAGCUCCUCCAUCUCCUGGGAGAGACUUUGGAAUGUUCUCUCCUAAGAUUGGGCAGCUCUCAACAUUACCACCAAAACAAAGAACUCCAGAAGCCAUAGCCAAAGCUGUUGAAGCCAUGAGUGCCCUUGAUGAUGCAGCUUUCAGAGGAGGAUUCAUUUUAGAGAAGAUCAUGGGACCUCUCUCCACCGGCCAUCUACAGCUCCAAAAUCGCAAUCCCAACGAUAAUCCAUCAGUCACUUUCAAUUACUUCAAAGAGCCCGAGGACUUGCAAAGAUGUGUGAAUGGUAUCAAAGUCAUUGAGACCAUAAUCGAAUCGAAGUCAUUCUCCCAAUUUAGAUAUGACUCUCUCUCUCUGCCAGCCCUUCUCAACAUGACUGCGAGUUUUCCGGUGAACUUGUUGCCUAAACACAAUAAUGCUUCAACGUCAUUGGAGCAGUUUUGUAAGGACACAGUGAUGACCAUAUGGCAUUACCAUGGAGGGUGCCAGGUUGGUAGGGUGGUUGAUCAUGAUUAUAAAGUUCUUGGAGUCGAUGCUCUUCGGGUUAUCGAUGGAUCGACAUUUAAUUACUCUCCGGGAACUAAUCCUCAAGCCACAGUUAUGAUGCUUGGAAGGUACAUGGGGGUUAGAAUACUGAGUGAAAGACUUGCAAAUGAUAAACCAAAGUGA